UUUGUGUUUUGCAUUCGUACGCUAUCAUUCGAUUACGAAACAUCCAUACGAAACCUCUGUUGCAUUAUCAAAUUCAUCAGUAUCUAUCGAGAAGGAGCUCUGCAAAUCGAAUCAUACACCCCAAAUCUCACGAUCAGGAUAAUGAGCAACAGGAACGACGACGAAAAAGGUUUAUUCUGGAAGCUACCGGCGCUCUAUUCAGACAAACUUGGUAAGCUCGGCCCUGCUUUUGGCGUUGGCGCCGGUUGUGGUAUAGGUUUCGGCGUUGGAAUGAUCGGAGGUGCUGGAUUGGGUCCUGGAAUCCCCGGUCUACAGAUAGGUUUUGGAUUUGGUGCUGGAUGUGGAGUUGGCGUAGGAUUUGGCUAUGGUGCAGGGAGAGGAAUUGCUUAUGAUGAGAAUCGGCAACACUCUAAUCUCGCGAGGGCUUUCAGAGGACCCGCCACUUUUCCUAUUCAGGAUGAGAUUGGUGGUCUCAUCGAUGAGGUUGUCGUGAACACCAAGAAGCUGAUCAAAGCAACUCAUAGAGAGGUCGAGAAGUGGAGAAGGUAGUUGGGAUUUACUGGGUUUGUUCAGUUUAGUUUGAUUUAUCAUCGUAGUUAUUUAACUCCUGGAUGUUUGAUAUGUAAAUAAGAUAAUCUUGGCAUAUAUACAUACACCAUUGUUUUUCUUGAAAGGCAUCGGCUUUUAAACA